AUUUCUUCAGAUAAGUUUUCUACCCCUUUCUCUCUCCUCUCUCUCUGCAUUCCCAAUAUGCCUGUGUUUGCACGUUUUAUGGUGUCCCACAUGUUCAGUUUUAUUCUCUUUCCUUUCUAUUCCUCAGACUGGAUAAGCUAUAGACAUUUCUUCAAGUUUGUUGAUUCUUUUUCUCUGCCAACUCCAAUCUGCUAUUCAGCCCCUAUAACAAAUUCUUCAUCAGUUAUUGUACUUUGCAAGGCUAGAACGUCUAUUUAGCCUUUUAAAAAACUUUUAAUCUCAUUAUUGAUAUUCCCCAUCUUGUGAGACAUUGCUGUCCUACUUUCCUUUACUUCUUUAAACACACUUUCCUUUGGUUCUUUGAAUGUAUCUACAGCAGCUGAUUUAAAGGCAGUCCUGCUAAGUCCCACACCUGAGCCCUCGCACGGACACGCGGUCUAUGCCUUUGGGUUGUUUCUUCCUCUUCUACAGGGGACGUGUUUUCAUCUUUCUUUGCAUGUUUUAUAAUUUUUAAGUUGAAAACUAGACAGUACAGACGAUAAAUAUUGUAGCAACUUUGGAAUUAGACUCCUCCCCCAGUAGGGUUUGCUGUUAUUGCUGGGUUGCUUUUUUUCUUCCCUUGAUGCUGGAUGUUUGAUGAGUGACUUUUCUGGACUCAUUCUGUAGGGGGUCCUGUGUUCUCUGUGGUGUGUGGCCACUAAGUCCUCUAUUCCUCUUUUAAAAAUCCUUGUUUUUAUUUUUCAGUCUGGCUUCCCCAGGGUCAUCCUCAAGGUGAGCAGGGCUAACGGUCAGUCAGCUAUCCGUCAGGAGUUUUCUCUAAAUGCCUUAAGUCUCCAUCGUCUGUCAAUGAGAUCGAACUGCAGGCGAGCCACGAGUCAGCCCUAGCUCCCACUUCUGUUUUUGUGCAGGUCUCCAGGCCAGCCAGAGGUGACGGGCCUGGCCCUUUCUUUUCCCAUGUCUUUCCUGAGCAUGUGCACGUCCAUAUGCAGCCUCCCAACUCCCAGGAAUGUGCUGGGGCUUUUCCAACCCCCCUGCAGGCACUGAGUGUGGCUAGGCGCCCAUUUGCCCCAGCUGAGACCACAGCCUUGGCUACUCCCACAAGCAAGAGUCCAGCCGUCUGCUGUUUUGGUCAUGGCCUGCGAAGACGACUUUUCCAGGGAGGUUCACCAUCAGUCAGAUACUGUUUGCACGUCGGGCAGGGUUUUCAACAGAGCCCCAAAAGAGGCCAGUCUCCUUCACUGUCAGCGAAGCUGCUGGCUUUCUACAGCUGCGCUCUGGGGGCUGGGGAAGGCGGAUGGGAGUGGCCCCCGAGACCACUGCAGAACCCACUCUUCUUAGCAGGAUCUAGUUUUUCUCGAAUAAAUGCUUUUCAGUUUGUUCUGCCUCUUUGGUGAAUUUCCAGAUUGUGAAAUGAUGGAUUUGAUAGAUCUCAGUAUUUCUGUUGCUUUUUUGGGGAGUGCUGACUCCCCGAGGUCCUCCCCCUCACACUCUAGAAGUCCUGCUUGUCUUCCUGUCCUUCUUGAGCCACCAGAAAGUGCCUCGGGUAAUGACCAGGCGUUCUCUGACCAAGAAGAAAACCACGGCAGUCCUCUUCAGCUUGCAAGGCCAACUCAUGCUUGAAAGCUGGACUUUGAAGCAGGAAUCUUUGCGUAUCACACGUCUAGAAGAGGAAGAAAGCCUCAUAAUAGAGCCGAAACUUGGGAGAGCAGAGAGACUGUUUAAGUCAGAGCUGGCAGAUCCCCACGGUGCUUCUGGCCUGUCCCGUGUUUGGUGUGAUUGUGAGCAGGCUGCAAAUUCAGACCUGAGACACAAAGGGAAGACCCGUGCCCUGCAGUGGGUCCCAGCGCCCCCAUCUCGUGCCACCAGCCACCACCGCCGCCUGCCAUGGAACCUGAGACAUGGCCUCACACGCCAGGAACUACCCUCCAAGCUCACCGAUCACACUGAGCCCGACGGGUGAGGAGGACGGAAGAGGCUGAGGCACGGGACAGCAGAAGGGCUACGACUCCAGCAGGGGACGCAUGCCCCGCUCCAGAAAGGCUCCUGCGGGGCCUGGGGGGGCGCACCUGGACAGCUCAGAUACACAACCGCAGAGGGAGGCCCUCCAAGCCGCCCCUCCCCCACCCCACCCCAAACGGGUGGUUUGUGGAUAUUCUCCAGAAACGUCCUCUGUCCCCGAACAAGCAGAGGCUUUGACAUUGCCCUGGUCUGGGAAGUUCACUUCCGAACCCUGAUCACGCAGACCAUUAAAACGGGGGCUGGCAAAGGACCACAUCGUUGGUGCCAACUCAAGUCCUGCAGGGCUUCCGGAGCAUCCCGAGGUCAGGCCACACGACCAUGACACCUGUGAAUCCCUCCCAUCAGCCCCGUCGGGAGGGCACCAGUUACAGCCCAGCCCCAGCCCCCCGGGGUUCAGGUGGGAAGCUCGGGGCUCAGGGCCCUGCGUGCACGAUGGACGCCUUUAGCCCGCACUGACCAGUCUUCGGGGACCGACUAACUCGGUGCAGGCCACAUCCGCGUCAGCGCUCUGCCAGAGGCGGGGUUCCAGGGCGCCAGGGUCAGCGACAGUCCCCCGACCUCUCAGCAGGGAGCCCCUCUUGCUCCUCUGUGAGAAACAGCCAGGCCCAGUCUGCGUCCUGCCUGUGGACUCGGGGUCUCCAGCCGCGCAGACACGGCAACGAACGCCCCAUCCGUUCUCCUGAUGGCAGAGAGACGCCCGCCCGGCCCACGUGUAUGUUCUAGUUGCGGGGAGAGAAGUCCCAGCGCCCACCAGUCUCCGCGGUCCCCUUCUGGGCAUGGCCACACAGCCUCCGGGCCUGGGAAACGUACGGCAGGGAAGCCUGAGCCGGGGGAGGCUGUGUGCUCCCCACUGGCCUCCGUCAGCCUCAGGAAAGGCCGCUCGCGGGGGCACGCUGGCCAUGUCCACCACAUCAGCUCCAGAAGGACGCACGAGGGACAUAGGACAGCCACUCCUGUAAGGGGUCCAUGGCCAGCAUGUGCUCCCCGGCCGCUCGGGGCUCUAGCUGGGCUCCCCAGAGCGGCACUGGAACAGUGCGUGGGUGUGCAUGUGGGAAAACGUGCGCACAUCCACAGAGACCCGUCGUCUGCCUCCCACGGGGCCUCCUGCUGCGCCACCCUGACCACAGCCUGAGUUCUGACCAAAAAAUAAAAAUAACGAAUGAAGAACAACAAACGUCUUGUAAAUGCUGUUGUCAGCUACAGCGGAAAACCUUCCUUCACACCUGGCCUGGGAUAACGGGGCCCAUAUUUCCAGCCCCAGAGGCAGAGAGAACAUAUUGCACACCUGGCCGGGAAGCGCCCGCGGGCCCACGGGUGGCUGUCAGGGGGCGGGGCCUGAGGCUCAGAGCAGGAGGGGAGGCGCCAGGAGCUCCCGGGAGACCAGGAAACGUGGCUGGGGGGUGUGGGACCCUCCAGCGCAGGUAGCAGCUAGUGCACACGGUGUUCACGACAUCGGGGGCAGUAACGCCAGGGCUGCUGUUGGCAAGUGCCCAGGAGGAAGUCUGAGCCGGGGGCCGGCAGGGAGGCGGCGGCUGCGGGCAGAGAGCAGCCCCACAGCCCUGCUCCCCGGCCUGCACGGCUGCUGCACCAUGAGGCUGGUGGCUGGCGACGGCGCCCGCAGGUGGGGUCUGCGGCUGGCAGCCCACAGCAACGAAGGGUCUGCAGGGAAACCGUCCCACGGAGGCUUGGCCUCCGGACCAAAGCCUUGCCCACACAGGUGAGCUGUGGCUCCGCGUGGUUCAGAGACCCGCUGGGGCCACAGCACCUUCGAGGACAGACCGGAAGCUAUGGGCUCCCCUGGGGCAGGACACCCCCUUCACAUGUCGCCUUUCCCCACCCUCACGAGGCUGCCUUUUAGCACGACACCCUUGGGGCAGCAAGACAGACCAGGAGGCUUGCCCAGUCGGUCACCCGAGCUCCCCUGAAAACACCGGAGGCCGGGACCUGGAGAGGAGCAGCGUACAUGCCUCGGGCCCUCCCCACUGCUCGCAGGGCCACCCCAAAACCCCCUGGGGCACAGCCAAGCUCGGGAGCCAGGCAGGGAGCACGGCCACUGUGGGCCUCAUGGGCCUCAGGAGACAGAAUCCAGAAAGAAGCCCCCGCCGCUGAGUUCUGGGGUGUCUCCGACGGCCCCCCGGGGCCUGUGCCUCAGGGAGGGAGGACAGGGACCCACAGCAUAGGCUCCAAGGACAUCCCCAGGCUCAGGGACUGACCGUCUAUGUAACAAAACUAUGUGGGAGCUUGCAGCCCUGAGUUAGGGAUGGAGGAGCCCGGGGCCAGCCCCGUGUUCACGCCUGUAGAGCAGAGUGUGGGGAACCCUGAAGCCUGGGAGCCCCGUCCAGCCUGGGAGCGAUGGCUGGCGGCCAGACGCUGUGGCGGAGAAGGCUCCUGUGUCCCCAGCCACCUUGCUCUGCAGCUUGGGAGAGAUGGGCCCGGUCGUGCCACCCCUUCUGGAACGGCAGCCAUAGGUGUGAAGGCCCUUCCAGAAACACUCCUUGCCAGCCUGGCCCCAGGGAGGCACACAGAGCACGAACGCGGCCGAACUGCGACGUUUGCGGAGACAGUGGUGCUGGGAGAAGUGAGCCUUCAUCGCUCGACCGUGACUUUGAAGGAAAAAGCUAAAGGAGGCUGCAAGGCACCGAUCCCAGAGACAGGGGAAGCCAGGGUGGUGUGCUGGGGAGGCCGGGGGCCGUGGGCCCAUGCUGUCCCGAGCUCACACCCCCACCUGAGUCCAGCAGCCAGGGAGCUGGGCACCCGGCCCUGGAAAGGCUCAUGCCCAGAAGACAAGAAGCGCCAGCGACGGGGGCCUUGGCACCCACGUACACCAUCCACACAGGGCUGUGAAGGCGCGGACUGGCCUGACCGUCCUGGGCAGCCCACAGGGCCUCCGGUCACAGAGCUGACCCACGAGCAGUCAGGAACCAGCACACAAGAGGGCCGCCCGCCUCCACGCAGCUCAGGUGGCACCUCGGCCCCAAGAUUCGCAACCGUGCGGGGUCGAUACACCUGGAACAACGCAGUGUCGUCCCUGAUGCAGGGCGGAGCCAGGCGCGGGAUUCCAGCACGGGGCCCUCCAGCUGGUGCGGAGAGCUCGUCCUCCAGCACCCUGACCGGGCACCUGCAGCCGCGGUCCCGCCCCGAGGGCCGUGUGCUCCGCGGGUGGGGCCCCACUGGCGAGGUUCCAGUCCCGGUUCCGAGCCCCCCCGGCCUUAUUCUCCUUCCUGGGGGCACCUGACGGGCAUCGCAGCGCCGCAUGUGAAAACGCUAACCACCUUCAGCCCGCGUCCGCAAGUCGCUUCCCCAACCAGUGACGCUCUCACGAAGCCCCAAACAGGAGGCCCGACCCGGAGUCCCGCUGCCGACGGUGCCUUGAAGCGACCGUGGCCUCGUGUGACGCUGUACCGUGCAGCUUCUGUCCCGUGGGACCCCCGCCACCAGCUCCGUGGGGCCUCCG